AUGAAACUCCCUAAGCCUGUGUUAGAUUGCCACAGAUGGCAUUCAACCCAUGAUAUGUUAGAAAGGCUGAUUUUACUAAAACCCAAUAUCGAAGAUUUUUUUACAGAGCAAUCUGAUUAUUUAUUGACUGAAGAUUGGAAAGAGAUAAUAACGAUUGUUGAAAUUUUAAAACCGCUAAAAAUCGCAACCAAACAAUUCCAAUCUGAACAGUUAACACUGACAGAUUUUUAUGCAGCACGGUUAAGAUGCUGCAUCGAACUGGAAAAAAAUCCAAACCAUUUUGCUCAAUUACUAUAUUCUUGUCUUAAGAACAGAGAAGAAAGGUUUAUAAAGAACGAAAUUCUCUUAACUGCCAUAUACCUGGACCCAAGAUACAAGGUAUUACUUAGUGAUGAUGAUAAGAUUUGUGCGAAAAGGCAUCUUGUCAAUUUAUGGAGACGAAUUAAAAGCUUAACAACGCCGAUUUUAUCUGAUGAUAUUAGUUCCGAUGAAGUUAUUGAACAAGAAGAUGAUUUAGAGAAAUUGCUACAACUUAAAGAAAGGCAGGAGAAAAUACUUAAAAGAGGGCCAACGAUUGCUGAGAAAAGUAUUGGAACAAUAAUUACUGGAUUUAGCGAUUAUAAAAGAUUAGAUAAGAAGGAAAAUAUUUUGCAUUUUUGGGAGUCUGCUAAGCUGGAACACCCUGAAUUAUAUAUUUUAUCUAAAAUCUUAUUUGCUGUUCCUGCAACCCAAGUUAGCGUUGAAAGAUCUUUUUCACAUUUGAAAUUCAUUCUUUCACCACAUAGAUCGAGGAUGAGUGAACAACUCUUGGAAGAUAUUAUGCUAAUACGUCUAAAUAAAAUUUUUAAAAUUGAUACAUGACUAUAUGCUUUGUAUUUUUAACUAUA